AUGGAUACAGAAAAGGAUGUGCUGGAUGUAUAUAUAAAGAAUCUGGAGAACCAAAUCGGAAACAAACGGUAUUUUUUGAACCAAACUCGAAGCGCCAUCGAAGAGAUCAGGAGUAGAUCCGUAGACUCAGCAGGGAAAGCGGUUGACCCCGAAAUAUUUACAGAGUUAUUAAAAAAACCUAUGUUCCUACCAGAAAGAGCAGACCCCAUAGGUUUCAGCUUGAUGUCGAAUUUCCUGUCUUCUAGGGCCCAAAGUUCCAGCGAUUGGCUCUCAGUAAUGAACGAUCAAUCAAUCGAUACAAAAACGAUUGUGUCGUUACAAGAAAACAUUAACAGUGAUUUGGAAGAACUGCUACGGAAACUGCAGCAUCAAUUGGCUGAUUUAGACAAUAAGAAACAAGACCUGGCCCAUAUUAAAACACCAAAAGACAGAAAUAAAGAGCUUUGGACGUCAUUAAACGAUUUUGUUGAGAAGUUUCUAGUGCCAAAUUUGGAUAAUAGUGAAGAAUCUAUUGAUAACUUAACGAGAGAAAUCACAUUGUUAUUAAAAAGACUAAUUGAGCAUGACAUAACUCUAACGUUGAACGAUUUCUCAUCCAAGACGAUGCCGCUAUACAGGUUAUUGCUCAGGGGCAACCUUGUUAUCGUAACUAAAAGCUCUACAGAUUCAGGAGUUAAGUAUAUCAAACUAUUAGAUUUCAAUGAAACGAGCCUGACUUAA